CAUCGCACAUCCAUUGGCUCACACCAUCCAUUUUAUUGCCUCACGUUAGGCGUGACCAAUUUCCAUCGAUAAUUCUUCAUCGUUCGCCUUCAUUAGCGGUCCAGUUCCACUCAAACGAUCGACCAAGUGAGCCAGAAGCGUGAAAAACGUCGAAAAUUUACCGAUACACAAAAAAACGAGUUGUUGGAAAUGGUUUCAAAGUGUGACUGGGUAAAAAGGGGCGGUGUUAUGGAUGAGGAAAGUGAGCUUUAGAGUGGAAGGGGUGGAGAAUAGAUAGAGACAGACACUUGGAACGUUUUCCGGUGAUUUUAUCUGGACGAGCACGCACCGAUUCGCUUGGGAUAGUGGAAAAUUGGACGGUGCGGAGCGGAUAAUAAGUGUGGCGAGGCGAAAGCUAUUUGGAAAUAAUACGAGAUUUUUUUGGAACGGUUUUCCGGAAGUAGAUUGUGAUAUUUCAUUCGGUUGAUUGACUGUAAAGUGCUUUGUAUAGUUUAAAAUCUAUAAGAAAAGUGUUUUUGUAUUAUAGGCAGUCAAUAUCAAUAAAAGAAAUAUGGAUAAUGAGGGACAGGUACAACAAUACGGUGAAGUAAACCAGCUAGGUGGUGUGUUUGUAAAUGGCAGACCACUACCCAACGCCGUUAGAUUGAGAAUAGUGGAGCUAUCUCAAGUGGGUAUAAGACCCUGUGACAUCUCCAGACAACUAAGGGUAUCCCACGGAUGUGUAUCCAAAAUACUAGCCAGAUACCACGAGACGGGUUCCAUCCUCCCCGGUGCCAUCGGUGGUUCCAAACCGCGGGUGACCACGCCCAAAGUGGUGGCCUACAUCAAAGAGCUCAAGCAAAAAGACCCAGGAAUAUUUGCCUGGGAAAUUCGGGACAGACUACUAUCCGACGGUGUGUGUGACAAAUACAAUGUUCCUUCUGUCAGUUCAAUCAGUCGGAUUCUAAGGAACAAGAUAGGAUCGAUAAUACAUGGGUCUUCGCAUACCCAUUCUUUCUAUAGCAGUUAUCCCACCUACCCCUAUUUGCAACAGAAAUCCCCAACUCAUACGAGAUCAGGAGGAACUCCCUGCUGGCCGAGUUCGCACUCCGUUCAAGACAUUCUAGCGGGCGUGCACGCCUUCAGAUCACCCCAUUCGAGCCCCACAACCACGCUGCCCCCCGGGCCCUCGCCCCCGGGUUGUGACCCCACGCAAAACUACAACUACUACAUGUAUCUGCAGUCGGGGAAUGGCCCCACAGCAGCGGCCAUGCAUAUGGUCAACGGGAGUCACCAUUUGACAGGACCCCAUUUGUAGAAACAAAGAAGAAAAGUAUGAGGGUUAAAAUGGUUGAAGCUGAUUCGUGGUUUCCAUAUUAGACCCAAUACUAUUAAUAACAAAUUAAAGUUCUACAUAGAUAUACACUCACCGGCAUAGAAAACGGACACCUCUUCAGGAUUUUCAACGGAUUUUCAUGUAUUUUAAAUUUUUAUAAAUUGUGUUCAAGUGGACCGAUUUUGAUGAUUUUUUUAAGAAAUUUGCAGCUAAAUUAUUGGACUCUCUAGCGCCUCUUUAUAAAUUAAGAAUGAAAAUUGCCAUCUGUCAGUUAUACGGGCGAAAACAAAAUUUGAUUUUUGGUGAAAGUUUGAAACACCCUGUGGAGUACGGUAACAAAG